AUGACGAGGAUGUGCGAUCUUACAGAGGACUUGGUAGUGGAGAUACUCACAAGGGUUCCGAUAACAUCUCUGAGAGCAGUAAGAUCUACUUGCAAAUCAUGGGAUGCUUUAUCCAAAGGCUGUAUUUUUGGUAAAGCAGCAUCAACGCAGCAAUUUAUAGGGUUCAUGACGUUGAAUCUUGAGGUUUAUUCUUUGAGAUUCGAUCUCCAGGAAUUCCGCAAGGACAAAGAAGACUAUACAUCUAUAAAGCAAAUAGCUAUACCUAAUCAACUCGAGAUUUCUAAAGUCUUUCACUGCGACGGCUUAGUGUUAUGCGUCCCCAAAAACAACUCGAGCAUCAUGGUGUGGAACCCGUAUUUGGGGCAAAGAAGGUGGAUCGAACCUAGGAAAAGACUUUACAGUUUGGACAGCUAUGCUCUCGGAUACGACAACAAUCGUAACUAUAAAAUCUUGAGGUUUUACGAUAUUAAUUUCCACGAUUUCUUUGAAUACGAGAUCUAUAAUUUUAGCUCUAAUUCAUGGAGUGUUCUUGACAUCACUCCCGACUGGAUAAUAAGGCGUCCCCAACGCAGCGUGUCUUUGAAGGGAAGGACUUACUUUGUUGCUCAAGGGAAAUCACCAAACGUUAAAAGUUUUUUCAUCUGUUUUGAUUUUACAAGAGAAAGAUUUGGACAGCUUCUGCCUCUGCCAUUUGACUCUGAUGGUAGAGAAACUGUGAAUCUAUCUUGUGUUAGGCAAGAGAAGCUCGCGGUGCUUUUUCGAAGGAGAGAGGCAGUAGAUAAUAUUAGACUGGAGAUUUGGGUUACAAAUGAGACUGAGCCCAACGUAGUGUCGUGGAGCAAAUUUCUGAAAGUGGUUCUGCCACAAUACAGUCGUUUUAUGUCCUAUUGCGGCGCAGGGAGCUUCUUCAUUGACGAGGAGAAGAAAGUCGCUGUGGUUUUCGAUGUGGACAUAUGUAAUAGUUUAAAAACUGUUAUCAUUGGAGAAGAUGGAUACUUUAAAUCUGUGUGUGUUGGAAAAUAUCAUAGUCGCUACAUUUUCCCACUUAUUUCCUCAGCUUAUCUUCCAAGUUUAGUGCAAAUCGACCAACCAUGUAAAAGUAAAGAAGGAGAUGCUUAG